AUGGAUUCCACCCGUCUUUCCAGGAACGCACCCUACAUCGGACUCCAUGGAUACAGCCGUGGAACAUAUUCACUGGGAGGCAACUGGCUAGGCUUCCGUUACUACACCGACACAGGGGAGGUCGAGUUUAGCCCUCUGUCUUUUUCCGAGAUCAGCUCCGCAACCGACCGACAAGACACGCCCGAGCGCGAACCUGUGAAUGGACGCGAUGCGCAACUGGUUUCGCGAGUGUGGAUAAUCCGUCCCGGAAGACCAGCUCCUCCUGUUCAGCCACACCAUUGCUGGAUCAAGGUGAAGAAGUGGGAAGUGGGUGAUCCAGACUGGGUUUGGCAAGUGGAAACCACUUGGAAGAUGGUCAGAGGGAUGCUCUCCUGCUACACCAAAAUUGACCGAGGUCACGGUCUUCAUGUCAAAGACUACGAGAGCAUUGUCAGCUCUAAGAACUGGAAGUUGUCAUGGUCUUGCAAGGAGACAACUGAGGGGGCUGAGAGGCUGGGAAAGCUGGGACUCUUGCUGGUUUCAGAGAAGAUAGCCAGCUCCCAGACAUAA